CAACAGCCUGUUGAAAAUGCUUCUAAUAUUCAACCAGCUAUUGAAAAUGUUAGUGAACCUAUGGUAUUUAAUAUCCUCCGAAAACCAGCUAGUGAUGUAGUAACUAUAAAAUGCCAAAUCAAUAAAUUAAGAAUCCCUAGUGCUGUCUUUGAUAGCAAUGCAAAUUGUUCUAUAAUGUCAUUAAAUAUUGCUAAAAAAUUGGGACUUGAUAUAGAUACAAGUAGAACUACUUCUCUUGAAGGUGUCGCUACUGAAUCAGAUACAAUUGGAUGGGUAUACAAUAUUCCUGUAAGUGUUGGAUUCUUUACUUUAUUAAAUGAUUUUAUUGUUGUCGAUGAUAAUAAACCUGCACUACUUCUUGGUACACCUUGGCUUGAUAAAGCACAAGCAAUGAUAGAUUUCCAGAGUUGA